GACACUUUUGAACCGCACGUUAUGACCGGUGUCGACAAGCUACAUGCACAGGGCUACUUUGGAAAGGGCAUUACCGUAGGCGUGGUCGACACGGGCAUCGACUACACGCACCCGGCACUCAACUCGGGCAAGCCGGCCGGCACGGCGUGCUUUGGAGCCGGUUGCCAGAUUAGCGGCGGGUACGACUUUGUCGGCGACAACUACACGGGCAGCAACACGCCACAACCAGAUUCGAAUCCGUUUGCCAACUGCCAGGGCUCCGGCCACGGCACGCACGUAACGGGGACCAUCAUCGCCAAGGAUGCCGGCCGCGGCUUCACGGGUGUCGUCCCCGAGGCGAACGUCAAGAUGUAUCGCGUCUUUGGCUGCGGAGAGGAAGCUAGUGUGACCGACGACGUAAUUAUUCAGGCUAUGACCUACGCCUACUUUGACGGCGUCGACAUCAUCAGCCUCUCGAUCGGCGGGCCCGCCAACUGGAUCGAGUCGCCCGCCGCGGCCACCGCCAGCCGGAUCAGCUACAAAGGUAUCCCCGUGUACGUUGCUAACGGAAACGAGGGCUCCGAGGGU